AUGUCUACAUAUUAUGCUGAGGAUUUUGAUGAUUAUUACCAAGAUGGGAUAGAUGGCAGCUCCAAUAUGAUGGAACAAGUCUGCUACGACUAUGCGGAUUUCUCCGAUGAUGACUAUACCAUGCCGUUGCCUCGUCGAAGGCAGAAGAUCCCGAAACAACGACUCCGACACCCAAGGCAUAAAAUACCUAGACACGAAGAUAGCUAUACUUAUGUCUCCGACUCUGACGAAACGAGCUAUCGAGCUGGUGACGGCCGCCGUGGCAGCAGACGCUGUCGACAUAGAGAUUGCUGCCGAAGUCGACGAUCAGGUCGUAGUCAGCGCAGAGAUUCUAGCCGUUACGAGAUUCACCAUCACCACCAUUACGCCUGCUGUUCCCAGCACGAUGGUUCGGGGUCCAAUAGCAACCAGCCACAGUCGAGCAACGUUCUUCAAAUAGAGGGCCACCCGCUUCAAAACCAGAUAGCCGCGGGAGUAGGAGGGGGUGCUCUCAUGGCACUUAACCGGCCGGCUAUUGCUGCACCUGCUCGCGGGGGCAUGGUUAUACCUUCUGCUAUGCCAGCUCUGGCUAGCCCUCAAUGCGCUUGUGAAUGCUGCCAUACAUCUCGGACUCAUCAGGUCGAGGCGCUGAACAUGAUGAGAGCGCCACAGCUUUUGGGUCAAGGAGCUGGGCUGACAACCGCACAGCUACCGGGAACCUUUGCCCGAGCUGUCAAUAUGCCAAGGCUGUUGCAGUGA